AUGGCUCAGAUCACAGAGGGGCCCAACAAGACAAGGCCGAAAAGGCGGGGUCAGCCAGCCGUAAUCAAGUACUAUCUUGUUCUUUACAACCUCCUCUCUACUCUCGGGUGGUCAUACGUCCUCUUUGCAACCCUCACGCACUUCCUCACCUCCGCGCCGCCUUCCUCCCGGCUAGCCUCCUACCUCCCAGCCUUCCUCACGCAUUCCUUCCCGUUCCUUCAGACGCACCGCUGGGAGAAGUAUGCUCCUCCAGAACUCAUCCCUCUAUUCCGCAGGGCCAGCUCGACCUAUGCUGCCGUGGGCGGGGUGACCGCGAUCGUGCAGAGCUUCGCGGUGCUCGAGAUCGUGCAUGCGCUGCUCGGGUGGGUGCGGAGCUCCCCGCUCACCACAUUCUCGCAGGUGUAUAGCAGACUGUACGUCGUCUGGGGCGUCCUGCAUCUCUUCCCGCACACGCGCACGAACCCGCUCUAUGCCAGCGCUGUUCUCUCCUGGUCCAUCGCAGAGGUGAUCCGCUACGCCUUCUACGUCUGCACGCUACUCGGCUCCGAGCCGUACGCGCUCCUCUGGGUGCGCUACACCGCGUUUCUCGUGCUCUACCCCACCGGCGCGGGCUCCGAGGCGUUGCUGAUCUUUGACUCGCUCCCCGCCGCGUUCACGUCCCCCACCGUCCUGCGCGCGGUGCUUGGCCAGGUGCGGGGCAUGUCCUGGCCGGAGGUCGUGCAUGCGGACUUCCGCGCGAUCAUGUUUUGCAUCUGGUGGCCUUCGUUGUACAUGCUGUAUACCCAUAUGAUGCGCCAGCGCCGCCGCGUGCUGGGAGGCGGGCGCACGCUCGGCGCGAAGCCGAAGACGCUGUGA